GCCCUCGCUGACAGCCCGACUCCGGCUCCGGCAGCAUGGCUGAGAAACGUCACACAAUGGACACCGAAGCCCGGCGGGCCCCCAGCUCUUUCAAUGAGAGUUGUACGGGCCUUGGACCUUGUGGAUGGCUUUUGGUGAUUUUCUCAUUCUUAUUCACAGUUGUAACUUUCCCAAUAUCAAUAUGGAUGUGCAUAAAGAUCAUAAAAGAGUAUGAAAGAGCCAUCAUCUUUAGAUUGGGUCGCAUUUUACAAGGAGGAGCCAAAGGACCUGGUUUGUUUUUCAUUCUGCCGUGUACUGACAGCUUCAUCAAAGUGGACAUGAGAACUGUUUCAUUCGAUAUUCCUCCUCAGGAGAUCCUCACCAAGGAUUCAGUGACAGUUAGCGUAGAUGGUGUGGUCUAUUACCGCGUUCAGAAUGCAACCCUGGCUGUGGCAAAUAUCACCAACGCUGACUCAGCAACCCGUCUGUUGGCACAAACUACCUUGAGGAACGUUUUGGGCACCAAGAACCUCUCUCAGAUCCUCUCUGACAGAGAAGAAAUUGCACACAACAUGCAGUGUACUCUGGACGACGCCACCGAUGACUGGGGAAUAAAGGUGGAGCGUGUGGAAAUUAAGGACGUGAAACUACCUGUGCAGCUCCAGAGAGCUAUGGCUGCAGAAGCAGAAGCAUCCCGGGAGGCCAGAGCUAAGGUCAUUGCAGCUGAAGGAGAAAUGAAUGCAUCCAGGGCUCUGAAAGAAGCCUCCAUGGUCAUCACUGAAUCUCCUGCAGCCCUUCAGCUCCGAUACCUUCAGACACUGACCACCAUCGCGGCUGAGAAAAACUCGACGAUUGUCUUCCCUCUGCCCAUAGAUAUGUUGCAAGGCAUCAUAGGGGCGAAACACUGAGCCAUACGGGCCAGCACAGAGAUGAGCUCUACCCUUCCAGGGAUGAAGUGGGGGACCAAAGUAGCCUUUAAUUCAUAAGGAGGGGGUAGGGCAGGGAACCUCGCAUAUUCUCCCUCCCUUUCCCUUUCCAUAUGUCACGUGGUGUUCUUAGAAUGUAUAGUAACCAUGGAAACAGAUGAAGGCAUCGUUAGCUUGUAAAUACUGAAAGAGGGAGAGAGAGAUUGGUGAUUUAUGUAAGUAAUCUCUUACUCUUUAGAAUAAUUAAAUGUUUGUAUUUUUAGAUUAUUAUGUAGUAGGUUAAAUCCUACUUCAUUUGACUUCCAUUGAGUCAUUCUGAACCCUCUAGGCAGCCAGGCCAGAGGCAAGAACGUAGACUCUAACUGCCGCCUGACACCCCUGGCUAGAUAAAUGCUUUGCAGAAAGUGAUGACCUUAUGCUACAACCAGCUUCUCUGGGUCACAUGUGCCUUACCUCCAGGGAGUCUUAACUAAGGAAAUUUGCCUAAUAUCCAUUUACUUUUUAAACACAAUGUUUCAGAAUAAUCCUCACUUGAGAGUAGGCCUUUUCUUGCCUCCUGUCAGAAUUAGAAGAAAUGGUCAAGAUUGAUGAAAAAGAUUACCUUAGCCUUUUGAAGAUUUUUCAAUUCUAUUAUAGUGCUCCUUUUUAAAAUAAUAUCUUCAUCUUUUUUAACUUCUUUGAGCCUUCUUUAUGAGCAAAUGAUUCCUCUGUGGUCUUUCAAACCAGCCAAAUAUUUGUCGCAAAGUGCUUUUUUCUCACUUUUGCCUAUUUUCAUAUAUCAGGUUUUAAAUAGUUUUAAUUUUUUAAUAAAAUUUUCUCAAAGUUCUA